CAUUGGCCAAUGGGGAAAAUUGUUGGAGGCACUAGUAUGUUAAAUAAUAUGGUUUACGUUAGAGGACAUCCAGAGGAUUUUAAGCAAUGGUUUAUUAAUAGAAGUAAUUACGAUUUUAUGACGGACGUUUUGCCAUAUUUUGAAAAAUUAGAAAAUGAAGUGCAGGAUGAUGAUUUAAGUGGUUCGAUGUAUCUUAGCGAUUUGGUUUUCAAAUCAUCUUUGCCGGAUUUAAUAUUAAAAGCUGGAAAAGAGUUAAAUUUCGGAAUUUCAGACGUAACUAAUUGCAAACAAGGUUUUGGAAUGCCAAAAGUUAAUAUGAAACAAGGAAAACGUUGGACGUCCUCUCAUCGUUUAUUGAAAUUAAAAAACAAAAAUGUUUUUCUCCGAACAAAUAGAGUAGUGGAAAAAGUUUUAUUUCACCAAAACUUUGAAGCUUAUGGCAUUCAAUAUUUACAUCUAGGCAAAUCAUACAGGGUAAAAGCGUCCAGAGGCAUAAUACUAUCCGCAGGGGUUAUAGGUACUCCUAAAAUCCUUCUACUCUCGGGAAUAGGCCCCAAAACUCAUCUAGACAAACUAAAUAUCCCUACCAAAGUUAACUUACCUGUGGGAGACAACUUACAAGACCACAUAACGACAGGAUUGGAUCUUAUAUUAUUAAAUCAAACCUUAGGCAUCGGAAUUGAACAAAUGCUUUCCCCUUUCUCGGUUUUUGAAUACUUUUUGUACGGUACGGGGCCAUGGACCACAGGUGGAUGUGAGGUUCUAGCAUUUGUUAACACAGACAGUACUGAUGUUAAUCGUGACACACAACCUGAUUUGCAAUUUAUGGUAAUGCCGUUAGGUAUAAACGAAGAUAUCGGUGUACACUUAAGACAUUUAAUGGGUAUAAGCGAUUAUACGUGGAAUAAUUACUUCAGUUAUUUAAAUCAGAUGAAAGCGAUGACUAUUUUACCGAUAUUAUUGCAUCCGAAGAGUCGCGGUACUGUUCGUUUGAGAGACGCUAAUGUUAACAGCCUGCCGAUUAUUGAUCCAGGAUAUCUAACUGAACAAGAAGACAUUGAAGUUCUGUUAAAAGGCAUAAAUUUAAUAAAGAAGUUGAUAAAUUCGAGGUCUAUGGAGAAACUCGGGGCGAAAUUAAACACGAAUAUAUUUCCCGGUUGUGAAAAUUUCAAGUUUGACAGUAAAGCGUACUGGGAAUGUUACGUAAGACAUUUAACGAUAACUUCCUACCAUCCUGUCGGUACGUGUAAGAUGGGUCAUGAACAAGACGUUUCGGCUGUGGUAAAUUACGAUUUCCAAGUUAAAGGUACUAAUAAUUUGUACGUCAUUGACGCCUCAGUGAUGCCGACUAUAACAAGCGGAAAUGUGAACGGAGCGGUGUUGAUGUUAGCGGAAAUGGCUAGUGAUAUUAUCAGGUCCAAAGACUUUUUCAGUAGGAAAAAGUGUAGCGUUAUAGAGAUUUUUGUAUCCAAAGAUUUUUGUUAAUAUAUGUAUUUAUUAU